CACGUCUCACGCGCAAGGAGCUGCAGUAGCCGGAGUGGCCACAAGAGGGAGCAGCGAUACACGGAAAAAGGACUGGAAGAUCAAAUUACUAGAUGCAUUGGUGCAAGAAGAGCAAAACUGACACAACUUACAUCAAAAACAAAUAAGAUUGCAGAGUUAAUGGAAAGUGAUGAGAACUUGAAACUUGUUGAUGAACAUUUAAAUGAGUGCUCAAAGCUAUUGAACGAAUUCAUUCAUGCAAAUGAACAAGUUCUCAAGUUUUUGCCUGAUGAUGAAAAGGACUCAGACCAAGAGUUGUGGUUUCAGCCAAAAAAGAAUCGAAUUUGUGAGCUAAUGGAUAAAGCUGAAAAAUGGAAAAACCUCACUCAACAAAAUUAUCAAGAAGAUGUGAGUCCAGAUGAUAGUGUCUCGGUUACAGAUUCAAAGGUAAAAGGCAAAUCUGCUUCCUGUGUCAGUGGAUCAGUCAUCAGUGGAUGUUCGUCAAGAUCUUCUAGAGUGUCAUCAGUAUCAUCUGCACGUCACAAGGCUCAAGCAGAACGGGCGGCUUUGCUUGCACGUGCAGCAUCACUGAAACAGAGACAGGCAUUGGACAUCGAAGAGUGCAAAUUAAAGACAAAAAGAGAGCAACUUGAGAUUGAGACAGCCAUUGCUGAAUCUACAGCCAAAAUAAAGGUGCUUGAAGAGUGUGAACAUGAAAACAGGAGGGAUCCUGCAAUCACUGCUAAAGUAAGUCUGAUGGAUAACCAAUUGCCACAUAUUCAAAUUGUUGCUGAAAGCCACCAGAACUCAGCACAGUUAAAUUCAAAUGUUUUUCGAAGCAAUGAUUCCAACACCAUAGAGCAGUUAAAUGUUCAGAGUUCACCAGUGAGUUUGUGUGAAGUCAUGCUAAAACAAAAUGACAUCACAGAGAUGCUAGUUAAGCAACAGAAACAGUCACAGUUGCCUCAGAGAGACGUCCCUGUGUUCAGUGGGGACCCACUUGAGUUUCAACCCUUUAUAAGAGCAUUUGAUCACACUAUUCAUGAUAAGACUGACAGUGAUACUGACCGACUGUAUUACCUUGAGCUGUUUACCAGAGGUGAGCCAAGAGAUUUGGUCAGAAGCUGUCAGCACAUGAAUUCACAACAUGGCUACCCAGAAGCAAGGAAGUUACUUAACCAUCAUUAUGGAAAUGAGCUAAAGAUUGCCACUGCAUAUAUGAACAGAGCAUUUAACUGGCCACAAAUUAAACCAGAUGACUCUAAGGCUCUUCAGAGUUACUCUUUGUUUUUAACUGGGUGCAACAAUGCAAUGCAAGAUAUUUGUCAUCUUCAAGAGCUGGACCAUCCUACAAAUCUCAGAAUCAUUGUUUCAAAGUUGCCGUACAAGAUGAGAGAAAUGUGGAGAGUAUCAGCAUUUGAUAUACAAGAGGCAACUGGAAGAAGAGCAAAGUUUUCAGACCUUGCCAAGUUUGUAAACAGACAAGCAAAAAUUGCUACUGAUCCAGUUUUUGGAGACAUUAAAGGCUCAGAAGAUAAAGCUAAACCUUAUGUUAAUGAAAAAAUUAAUCGGACAUCCAGGCUAAAAGGAAGCUCAUUUGCUACAAGUGUUGUACCAGCUGUGAAAGAAAAGUGUACUCAAGUUGAUAAAAGUCCAAGUCCUCCCAGUCGUAAUCCAUUUCAGCAGCCAUGCCUUUACUGUGAGAAGCAGCAUGCUUUGUCAGACUGCUACAAGAUCCGAAAUAAGCCCCACAGUGAAAGGUUGGAGUUCCUCAAGGAAAAUGGGUUGUGUUUUGGAUGCUUGACGCCAGGACAUUUAAGUAAAUAUUGUAAGAAGAGGGCUUCAUGUGAUCAAUGUCCCAAAAAACAUCCCACUAUGCUCCAUUUCUCAAAGGAUGAUGAUGACGAAGCAGAAAAGAACAGCCAAAAAACACCUGCGGCCACACCAAGCAGUGAACUGACAACCAUCUCAAGUGGAACAUGUGGUGCUACUGGGGCUGGUAAAGAUAACAGGGUUUUGUCAAUUGUGCCUGUGUAUGUCAAGUUAAAGAAAGGCAGCAAGGCAAUAUCGACAUAUGCAUUCCUGGACAAUGGAAGCCAAGCCACCUUCUGCUCGGAGAAGUUGAUGAGACAGCUUGGCAUAGAAGGUAGGAAAACUCACAUACUGCUUCGCACUAUGGGUCAAGAAAAGUUAACACCAAGUUACCAUCUCUCAGGUUUGCAAGUGUGCGGUCUCAAAGAAAGCCUUUUCAUUGACUUGCCUGACAUUUACACUCAUUCAGACAUUCCAGUGUCUAAAGAAAGCAUCCCAUUGCAACAGGAUUUGGAAAGAUGGCCACAUCUUCAUGGAGUUCAGUUGCCUAAAAUACAGGCAGAUGUUGGUCUCUUGAUUGGAUGUGAUGUAUAUAAAGCUAUGGAACCAUGGGAUAUCAUUCACAGUGUAGACAAUGGUCCAUAUGCAGUUCGAACAGUUCUGGGUUGGGUCAUUAACGGUCCUCUCAGAGAUGGAAAUGUCAACAUUUCAUCUGAAAAUGAUCAUCCUGUUUCAGUCAACCGCAUCUCUAUUGCAACAGUUGAAGAUCUGUUGAUGCAACAGUUCAAUCAUGAUUUCCCUGAGAAAGCCAGUGAGGAAAAGCAGGAAAUGUCAUGGGAAGACAUUAAAUUUAUGAAUUCUGUAAAUGAGACAUGCACAAAAGUUGAUGGGCAUUACAGCAUUGGUCUUCCCCUAAGAAACAAAAACCUCAAGAUGCCAAACAAUCGCUGUGUUGUUGUACAAAGAGCAGAAAACUUGAGAAGAAAGUUAAUCAGAAACGAGGAUUUCUACAAGGAGUACAAGAAGUUCAUUUCUGAUCUGUUGGCUAAAGGUUAUGCUGUGGAGGUACAAGAGAAAGACAGUGUGACCACCAGCAACAGGAACAACAACAGAGUUUGGUACAUACCUCAUCAUGGGGUGUACCAUCCUCAAAAGAAAAAACUCAGAGUAGUUUUUGACUGUGCAUCGUCAUACCAAGGUGUAUCACUGAACGCAGAACUAAUGCAAGGCCCCGACCUGACGAACAGCCUCUUGGGAGUGUUGACAAGAUUUCGACAUGACAACAUUGCUUUAAUGUCUGAUGUAGAGGCUAUGUAUCACCAGGUGCGAGUGCCACCAGAAGACAGUGACCUUCUGCGAUUUUUGUGGUGGCCAGAGGGAAACAUAAACCAGCCUUUACAAGAUUACAAGAUGGUUGUGCAUCUGUUUGGUGCGACCUCCUCACCCAGCUGUGCAAACUUUGCUUUGAAGAAGACAGCUGAGGAUGCAAAAAGUUUGAUGGCACCUGCUGCAGUGAAUGCAAUCAUGAACAAUUUUUAUGUGGAUGAUUGCCUCAUCUCUGUGUCAGAUGGAAUUGAGGCAUGUAACAUGGUUAACGAUCUUACAGAACUGUGUGAGAGUGGUGGGUUCCACCUUACCAAAUGGAUGACUAACGACAGAGCAGUUCUUGCUUCGAUUCCUGAAAAGGAACGUGCUAAAGAAGUUAAAGAUCUGGACUUGAGCAAUGAUCCGUUGCCUGAUGAAAAGGUCCUUGGAGUAAACUGGUGUGCAGAACUUGAUCAAUUUAAGGUCAGUUUAAAUCCAAAGAGUAUGCCACACACAAGACGGGGUAUUUUGUCAUUUGUAAGUGCAAUGUAUGACCCUUUAGGAUUUUUGUCACCAGUUAUUCUUCCAGCAAAAAUGAUUCUUCAAGAACUGUGCUGUCAAAAGAUCUCAUGGGAUGAAAACAUUCCACCAGAACUGGAACAGAGGUUUUUAGUGUGGCUUUCAGAUCUGGCAAGGCUUGAUGGGUUUGCAGUGAACAGGUGCCUGAAACCUGUUAAAUUUGGAAAAAUCAGCUCUGCACAACUUCAUCAUUUUGCUGAUGCGAGCGAGAGAGGGUAUGGAGUUGUGACCUACCUUCGCAUGAAAAAUGACAACCUUGAAACCCAUUGUUCUUUCAUCAUUGGCAAGUCCAGAGUAUCACCUCUAAAACAAAUGACAAUUCCACGUCUGGAACUGACUGCUGCCACAGUGGCUGUGAAGAUGGACAAACUCAUGAACAGAGAGUUACAAAUCCCGCUUGAGCAAUCAGUGUUUUGGACAGACAGCACCACUGUGUUAAAGUAUAUUGCCAGUGAGAACAUCAGAUUCAAAACAUUUGUUGCAAACAGAGUAUCAUUCAUCAGAGAAAACACCGAACCAAAUCAGUGGAUGUAUGUGAACUCUGAGUUGAACCCCGCAGACCACGCAUCAAGGGGAUUAAGAGCAGAUUCUUUCAUAAAGUGUCAAGAAUGGAUUAAUGGGCCUGACUAUCUUACAAGAGACAAGAAAUAUUGGCCAGUGUCACCAGACAGGAAGGAUGUGACAGACAAUGAUGUUGAGAUCAAAAGACAAGUCAAUGUGAAUGCCACAAAUGUUAGCGAAGAUCUGCUAAACAAGCUCAUCUGUCAUUAUUCAGAGUGGCACAAACUGAAGAGAGCAGUGUCAUGGUUUCUGAUAUUGAAGCAGUUGCUUCUCAAGAUUAGCAGACAUCGCAAGGAUCUCUUGUCACAAGUGAGCGACAAAAACAACAAAGAAAUGUCAGUUGAGGCUGUUGACAAGCAAAUGCAGAAGUUCAAGUCAGCUAUUGAAGGAUCUUUGCUCACUGCUGAUGAUGUUGCAGAAGGAGAACUUGAGAUUAUCAAAUAUUGUCAACGUCAACACUUCAGUCAAGAACUCCUGGCUCUUCAGAAAGAUGCUAAGCAUCCUGUGAUUCUUCCCAAAGACCAUCAUGUGUCUACGUUGAUCCUCAGGGGGAUACAUCAGGAAACGGGACACAGCGGGAGGAAUUACACACUUUCACGGCUGAGAGAGAAGUUUUGGAUUCCGCAAGCAGAUUCUGCCAUCAGAAAAAUACUCUCAAAGUGUGUCACAUGCAAAAGAGUAUUGUCAAAACCUGGACAGCAAAGAAUGGCCAAUUUGCCUCAAGAUCGUUUGGUGCCAGACAAGCCUCCCUUCUCCAAUGUUGGAAUAGACUAUUUUGGACCUUUUGAUGCGAAGUGUGGAAGAAGCACUGUAAAAAGAUAUGGGGUGUUGUUCACAUGUCUCACUGUUAGAGCAAUACACAUUGAAGUAGCACACUCACUUGACACGGACUCUUGCAUAAAUGCCAUCAGGAGAUUCAUUGCGAGGAGAGGGCAAGUUUCUAUCCUGAGGUCAGAUAACGGUACAAACCUUGUGGGAGCUGAAAAGGAAAUGCGAGAAGCUAUAAAAAAUUGGAACCACGCAAAAAUCUCAGAGACGCUUGUGCAAAAGAACAUCACAUGGAUAUUCAACCCGCCAGCAGGCUCACAUUUUGGAGGCAUUUGGGAAAGACAGAUUCGUUCUGUGAGGAGAAUCCUUAACCAAACCCUAAAGCAACAGACUCUUGAUGAUGAGCUCCUUCAGACUUUCUUUUGUGAAGUUGAGGCGAUUGUUAAUGGCAGGCCCAUAACACGAGUGUCAAAUGACAUAAAUGAUUUGGAGGCACUCACACCAAAUCAUUUGCUACUGCUAAAAGGACAGCCACAUUUGCCACCAGGCAUAUUUUGCAAAGACGACUUGUAUGCCAGAAGAAGAUGGAAGCAGAUACAGUAUUUGUCUGACAUCUUUUGGAAGCGUUGGACAAAGGAGUAUCUUCCACUUUUGCAAGAGAGACAGAAGUGGUUUGUGACCAGGAGAAAUCUGAAGUGUGGAGAUGUUGUGCUUAUUGUUGAUGAUAGUGCUCCAAGAAACUCCUGGUUGAUGGGAAAAGUGGAAAAGACCGUCUCUGACUCAAAUGGACUUGUCAGGCGUGUUUUUGUUAGAACUAAAAGUAGUGUGUUAGAAAGACCAGUGACUAAGCUAUGUUUACUGUUGGAAAUGGAUGAGUAAACAUUAUUGUUCAGAUUGUAACCAAGAUGCUUCAGUCUGUUCUGUGCUAUUUUAUGUUUAUAAUGCAAUCUGUAUGUCGGUGAUAUUACCAGUUUAACUAUGUUUUGAAGAAUUAUUAUUCUGAAGUGAGUUAAUUUGACCAUUGCAGUCUUGAAUUUGAUGUUAAAUGUCGUUUAAUGUUCUAAUGUAAUUGUUAUGUUGUGCAUUAACAAUUAGGGGCUGGAAUGUAAGCGCCAUUUAUGCAAUAUAUUUUUUGUUAUUGCCAGUAAUGUUAAUUUUUUCAGUUUAAAGAACAAUUUAUGCUUUUAUUUUGAAGUGAAUGACUUUCGUUUAGAAACAGGAAAUAUUUUCUUUUGGUGAGGCAUUUCCGCUUAUAAAUCUGUAAUAAAAGAAUGGUCGGCGGAGCCAUACGGUUGUUUUACCGUUCAUUAAAGAUGGCAUCAUUUUAACGCGUAAAA